AUGGAGCUGCCAGCUGUUGGCGAGCACGUCUUCGCGGUGGAGAGCAUCGAGAAGAAGCGGAUCCGCAAGGGCAGAGUGGAGUAUCUGGUGAAAUGGAGAGGCUGGUCCCCCAAAUAUAACACGUGGGAGCCCGAGGAGAACAUCCUGGACCCCCGGCUGCUGAUCGCCUUCCAGAACAGGGAGCGGCAGGAGCAGCUGAUGGGAUAUCGUAAACGCGGCCCGAAGCCUAAGCCGCUGGUGGUGCAGGUGCCCACCUUUGCCAGGCGCUCCAAUGUGCUGAGCGGACUCCAGGACUCGUCCACGGACAGCCGCAGCGCCAAGCUGGAGCUGGGCGCCCAGAGCAAGGGCCAGGGGCACCAGUACGAGCUCAACAGCAAGAAGCACCAUCAGUACCAGCCGCACAGCAAGGAGCGGGCGGGCAAGCCCCCGCCGCCGGGCAAGAGCAGCAAGUACUACUACCAGCUCAACAGCAAGAAGCACCACCCCUACCAGCCCGACCCCAAGAUGUACGACCUGCAGUACCAGGGCGGCCACAAGGAGGCGCCCAGCCCCACCUGCCCGGACCUGGGGGCCAAGAGCCACGCGCAGGACAAGUGGGCCCACGGGGCGGGGGCCAAGGGCUACCUGGGGGCCGUGAAGCCUGUGGCCGGCGGCGCCGCCGGGGCUGCGGGCAAGGGCUCCGAGAAGGCGCCCCCCAACGGUAUGGCGCCCGCCCCCAAGGAGGCGGUGGCGGGCAACGGGAUAGGGGGCAAGAUGAAGAUCGUCAAGAACAAGAACAAGAACGGGCGCAUCGUGAUCGUGAUGAGCAAGUACAUGGAGAACGGCAUGCAGGCCGUGAAGAUCAAGUCCGGGGAGGCGGCGGCGGAGGGCGAGGCGCGCGCCCCGGGCCACAAGAAGCGCGCCUCCGAGGAGCGCCACCCGCCGCCCGACCGGACUUUCAAGAAGGCGGCGGCGGCGGGGGGCGCGGAGGAGAAGAAGGCGCAGGCGCCCUUCAAGAGGCGGGAGGAGGAGGCCGCGGGCCCGGGCGACCCGCAGCCGCAGGACCCCGGGCCCCGCAAGCUCUCCCCGAGCAAGGAGGCGGCGUUCGGCGAGCAGCCGCUGCAGCUCACCACCAAGCCCGACCUGCUGGCCUGGGACUCUGGCCGCAGCGCGCACGCGGCCUCCCACCACCAUCACCACCACCACCACCACCACCACCACCACGUGGGGGGCCUCGGCCUCUCCCACGCGCGCAAGCGCUGCCUCUCCGAGACGCACGGCGAGCGCGAGGCCGGCAGGAAGCGGCUGACGGCGCGCAGCGUCAGCACCCCCACCUGCCUGGCGGGCAGCCCGGCCGCCGAGCCCCCCGCCGCGCCCCCGCAGCCCGAGGUCAUCCUGCUGGACUCGGACCUGGACGAGCCCAUAGACUUGCGCUGCGUCAAGGCGCGCGGCGAGGCGGGGGCGCUGCCCGGCGGCCUCCGCGUGAAGCCAGAGGCGCCUGCGGCCGCGGAGGGAAUGACAGCGGCCGCGCCGGGGCCCGCGGCCCAGAAGCCCCCCGCCGAGGCCCAGGACGAGCCCGAGGAGCCGCUGAGCGAGUUCAAGCCCUUCUUCGGGAAUAUAAUCAUCACCGACGUCACCGCGAACUGCCUCACCGUCACGUUCAAGGAGUAUGUGACGGUGUAA